AUGAGCUCCGACCAAACCUCUCUGUACGGACAACGCCGUACCAAAACCACCAAGGGCCCAGACAUCUCCAACUCAUCCAACCUAGCGUUUUCCUCCCAACUCUCCUCCCUCAUAGCCCAAGACAGCAGCACAGGCCGCGGCCGAGCCCGCCCAUCCAAGACCCCCAAAACCGACCUCUUUACCAGAUCUAACAAAGGAGCCGAGAAGCGCGCAGCUUCCGAUCUCAAAGAUGAAGGCCACACUCAAGUCCACAAAAGCAGCAAGGAUAUCGGCAAAGUCGACGACGCCACACUCAGCCGAUCUAAGCGCAAAAUGGAUGCAAAAGUGCGCCUAUACAACGACCUGAAGAAGGGAUCACACCUAGCAGCCGAAAGCAGCGACGAGGAAGAGCCCAGUCACAAAAAAACCCGAGGCGAAGAUUACCAUAAGCGACUACGGCGCAAAGAAAAAGAAGGACUGGUUGAUUUCGACCGCAAAUGGAUGGACGAAGAACGAAAUCGCGAUGGAUCCGAGGAUACCAGUGACGGUGAUCAAGACGAUGACAACGCGUCCCAGAUAUCAUAUGAAGAUGAAUUUGGGCGUUCGCGCCGUGGUACGAGAAAAGAAGCUGCCACAGCGGCGCGUGCGAAGGAGGAGGCGAAUCAGGGCCGCGAGACGCGGGAACGCUGGCAGCCUGCCAGACCGGAUAAUCUGAUUUAUGGCGAGACGAUUCAGGCGGAGGCGUUCAACCCCGAGGAGAAUGUUGCAGCACAGAUGGCUAAGCUUGCUGCGCGAAGGGAUCGGUCUGCUACGCCGCCUGAAGAGGUGCAUUACAAUGCGGAUGCGGAGGUACGGAAUCGGGGUACUGGAUUUUAUUCAUUCUCAGGGGAUCAGGAGGAACGGAAGAGGCAGAUGGAGGAUUUGUUGAUGGCAAGACAGGAGACUGAGCAGCAGCGACAGGCUAGGAUUGAUAGGAGGGCGGAAUGGGAAGAAAAGACCAAUCGUCGGCGGAAGGAGCUUGCUGAAUUGCGGGAAAAGAGGAUGACAGAGCGGCUUUUGAAGGGCCUUUCCAAUGACGGGCUCUUGGUGAAGCAGCCGAAGACAUGA